AUGGGAUGUGGCGUCACCAAGUCCAACCAGUUUCAAAAACACCCAGUCAAAGGUGUCACAUCGAUACGGGCGGCUGUCCUGAUCCAGCAGUGGUACCGUCAGUAUGUUGCGCGCAUGGAGAUGAGGAGGAGGUGCACCUGGCACAUCUUUCAGUCCAUCGAGUACUCGGGAGAGCAGGCACAGAUCAAGCUGUAUAACUUCCUAGGCUACCUGAUGGACAACUUUACACCCUCAAGCAAUGAACGAAACCUGAUCUCGCACAUUUUUCGCGAGAACGAGGUGUGUCGCGACGCCGAAUGGGAGCGGUACUUCUGCUACAAGAACAUCCAGGUGCCGGAGAUCUACUCGGGACCUCACCUGUGCUUUCCUCUGAGCGUGGAGCAGGCCGUCAAGCUGGUGGAGGCCUUCAGAAACAAGAAACAGCUGCACUCGCGUUAUGUGCUGCAGCUCCUCCUGGAGACAUGGAAGUUGCUGCGCAUGUUGCCCAACAUCAGCCGCAUCUCCACCUGCCACAGCAAAGAAAUCACUAUUUGCGGCGAUUUGCACGGGCAGCUGGAAGACCUACUGUUGAUUUUCUAUAAGAACGGACCGCCGUCACUGGAGAAACCCUACGUAUUCAAUGGAGACUUUGUGGACAGAGGGAAGGACUCUAUCGAGAUACUUCUCAUCCUCUUUGCCUUCCUGCUGGUCUAUCCCACCGAGGUGCACCUGAACCGAGGCAACCACGAAGACCACAUCAUCAACCUGAGGUAUGGCUUCACCAAGGAAGUGCUGACCAAAUACAAGAUGCAUGGCAAACGGAUCCUAAAGCUUCUCCAGAAGAUCUUCAGCUGGUUGCCAUUGGCGGCGGUGAUCGACCAGAAAGUCAUAGUCCUGCACGGCGGUAUCUCGGACACCACCGACCUUGGCUUGCUGGCAAGAGUAGACCGACACACCUACGUUUCAGCUCUGAGGCCUCCCAAGAAGAAGUACCAAAGCUCCGCCAGGACAUCCAUCGACUCUGAAAUGGACGAAGACUGGGGCAAUCAUAGACUCUUCCAGCGGCGGGCCUCCCUCACGUGUCCCAAACCGUUGGGCAGCCGGGACAGCUUCCUCAACCGCUCGCUGCAGGACUUUUCCGAUCGGGUCAAGGUCAACGUGGAAGAUGAUCUCAAACGCUGCCAGCAGAGAGCCGCGCUGGUCCGGUUGGGAAGCUUAAAUGCUGAAAAAGGAGCCCAGGAGUCUUUUGACUCGGUCGCCAGCGACAAUGCCAAGGAAGAGUGGAAGCAGAUCCUCGACCUGCUUUGGAGCGACCCCAUGUCUCAAGACGGCUGCAUCCCUAACGAGCUGAGAGGCGGCGGAUGCUACUGGGGUCCUGAUGUCACGGAGGACUUCCUGACCAAACACAGCCUGCAGCUUAUCGUACGCUCUCACGAGUGUAAACAGGACGGCUACGAGUUCUGCCACAACCGCAAGGUCCUGACGCUCUUCUCGGCUUCCAAUUACUAUGACUUUGGGAGCAACCGAGGGGCCUACGUAAAACUGGGACCCGACCUCGUGCCUUAUGUGGUUCAGUACCAGGCCACCAGCAUGACCAGAGAACUCACCGCCCGACAAACCGCGGGGCAGACGGAGCGUUCGGCCCUCAAAGUUCUUCGGGAGCAGCUGUUUUCCCACAAGUCAGACCUCCUUUGUGCCUUUAAGAGAUGCGACCGCAACAACACAGGUAAAGUGUCGUUGAACGACUGGGCGUCGUCGGUGGAGAGCGUGAUGCGACUCAAUCUGCCCUGGAGGAUGAUGCGCUCGCAGCUGGUGGGCAGCAAGGGCAAUGACGGCUUCAUCGACUACCAUCAGUGGUUAAACGAGCUCGCCAUCAAAGGCGCCGACGCCGACCAUAUUGACCAGUGUCUUCUGGAGACCUUGUACCGCCAUCGCUCCACUUUGGAGACCAUCUUCCGCAUCGUGGACACGGAUAACUCAGGCUUCAUCUCGCAUUCGGACUUCCGUCAGACGUGGAAGCUGCUGAGCGCGUACCUGAAGAUGGAGAUCACGGACGAGGCCAUCUCGGAGUUGGCGGUGACCAUCGACAGCAACCGCGACGGCGCCAUCGACAUCGACGAGUUCAUGGAAGCCUUCCGACUGACUGACAAGAAGAGUCGGCUGGAGAGAGGGCGCAGCAUGUUCAUGGCAACUGCGCCUGACCUCGGCGUCUUUGAGGAAGACCAACACGUUUGA